AGCUAUUGAGAGUACAGUGCAAGAUAUCUUUUUGAAAUGACUUUUCCCCUUUUUAUGUAGUUUUAGAAGCAAUAGAUAGGUAAAUGUUUACGAUUAUUUCAGUUUACGACCCACCGACAGAUUGCCAACAGGUCGCUGAUUGUCGGCCGACUGUUAGCCGACAGUCGGCCAAAACUUUGGCCUGAAACAUAACGAAAACUGUCGGCCGAUAAUUGGCUAACAGUCGGCCGACUAUCGGCCAACUGUCGACCGACUGUUGACAGACGGCCAACAGACGGCCGACAGUAUCUUUCCGGAACUGUUCUUCCCUCUUACCCAAUUUUGAGCCACCCUUAAUAAGUAAGAAACGAAAUUUCAAAUAAGUGCUCACGCCCUUAUCUGAGGAACUAUGGUGUUAAACAAUUAAGAAUUUUAUUUUUAAUUUGCAAUCAUAUGUGAACUUAAAGUCUAAUUUAGCAGUAAUACAGUUAUGAGAAAUUAGAUGCUAUUCACUCUCAAGGUUUAACUUGUUAUGAAUCCUGAGCAAUAUGUUCCUUACAGGAAGACUCACUUCACCAUUCAAGGAAAUGAGAAAAAAAACAGACUCUAACAAAGUGCUUUGCGAUUUCUUGAAAGGUUGGUCUCUCUUUGUAAACAGAUAAUAAUUUAGGUCUAAUGUAUUUAAUAUAAUUAAUAUAUUAUUAGCAUUAUGACAUGCAAAUCGAAAGAAUAAUGGAUAUCCCAGAAUUUCUUUUAGUGUUGACAGUUUGGUUUACAGCUCUUAAAAUUGUAUGAGAGUAUCUACUCUUUGUUGACCCUCAAGCAACAAAUUUGUGAAUUCAAUCAUGUUUCACAGUGUGUGUUGUUUAUUUACAUUCAUUUGUUAAUUUUGAAGUACUAUUUUUUUAUAGCAUUAAUGUUCUGAUGUUUUGAAAGACUUUCUAUGUUAUUAUAAUUCAUUGAACACAUGAGUUGAUUUAUUUAAACUGCAGAUAUACCAAUUCUUGGUUGGCCAGUUUAUGAGCUAGUUGCAAAAUAUUUGCAAAGACCGGAGAAAAAGCGUCUGCUUUUACUGAUCAGUGGGUAGAUAUAGUUACCAAUUUUCCUCAAGGGAAUGACAGUUUUUGCUUAGUGAAAGGAUGUCCUAAAAAAGAUUUAUGCCUUAGACCAGAAGAAAAUUGUUUUUUAAGGAUUAUAAUUGGGGAAAAAAGGUGAAAAGUGUGUCAGAACUUGGAGAUCUAGUGACCAAAUUGUACAUUGCAAUUAAGCCAGAUAAUUUCAAGUUUAUCUCAAUCUCUAAAACUUUGUGAAGUGAGAUACUGUUAGUCAUGCAAAUGGUUACUUUACCUGAGGGAAUUUUUACAGACAGAGUUUAAUAAUAAACUUCAAAAUUAUUUUCAGGAGCACCAGGUGUGGGAAGGAAUGAGUGAAAGAAGAUGCUACUGUCAAGCAGUCCUGAUAAAUUAAUAACAACAGUUCCUCGUAAGAUUACAAAUUGAAAUUGAAUUCACUUUUAUUAUUAAUUAUAUGUUAGUAUGGCCCCAGUUGUUCAAAGGUUGGAUAACACUAUCCACUGGAUAAAUCGUUAUCUGACGGAUAGUACAGUACGUUUUGCCAUCACUUAUCUGCUGUAUAGCCAUCUAUCUGUUGGGGUAGUAUUAACCACCCUUUGUACAACUGGGCCUAUUUAGCAAAAUUUGGUUUCACUAGAGCAACCUAUAGGGAACUUCACUGUCCGUGUUGGCCCCAACCUUUUUUUACAAAAGCUCAAUGCUCCAAAAAAGUAACAACAGCAUAUGCUUUAAUCAGUACGAACACUCAUAGAGAAAAAGUAAAGGGUAGCCUACAUGUUGCCAUACCCGUCCCCAUUUCACCCAGGUGGGGGAGGAGGGGGGGGGGUAUGGCUACACAAAGGCUAGGUAAAGGGGGACAUUAAAAUCAAACCAUACAGUCAGGAAAAUUGUAGUGUAUGAUUGUUUGCUUUUUUCGUUAUGAUCAUUAUUUAUCUUCAGUUGGUAGUUUAUCAGUAAGCCACCUCUUCAUGUAUUAACCCUUUAAACCCUACCAUCAGUAAAGGUAUUCUCCAUACUGUUUUCUAUACAUUCCCCAAAGGUGCUGAUGAGGAGAAUUUGUGUAACAAUCAACAACUUCUUUAGCUGCUGAUAAUUUUCUUUAUUCUCAUGACCUUAUUGUGGGAUUCAGGGGUGAUAUUGUAAGGAGAAAUUAGAUGCUAGUCUCUCUUAUGGAUUAAAGGGUUAAACCCAUUUUUCCUGGCUCACUUUCAAACAUAUUGAAUAUAGCCCAUUUGAUUGGCUCACAUUUUAUGAAGUAUUUUGAUAUCAGUUUGGUAAUUAAUCAUCAUCUUCUAAUUACUGCACAAGGAAAGGACCUUUUUAAAAUUUUACAUUCACUAUGCAGCAUAAUUUAAUUUUUUGUGUGUUCCUUCUAACAAGCACCCACAUGCUGAUCAGUCUGGUACUUUUCUAUUGAAUGAAUAACUUUAAACAAAAUUUAUUCUCCAGAUACAUCCAGACAUAUGAAGAGUUAUGAAACAGAUGGCAAGGAUUAUUUUUUGUAUCAAGACAAACUAUGGAGAAUUUUAUCCAGAAGAGGAAAUUCAUAGAAUUUGGAGAAUACAAAGGUUGUCUGUAUGGUACCUCAAAGGACUCUAUAACCAGAGCUCUGAAAUUCAGGAAGACCUGUGUCCUUAAGGUACAACCUGAGGUGAGUCGCAAUUAAAGUUGCUCUCAACCUUGAGCAGCACCUUUGCUUUCAACUGACUGGUGUAAAUCCUCAACUUGAAGGUGGGUCUGGGUCCCGUUUGUGGGAAUUUUUAUUCUAGAUUGACCGUACAAUUAUUUAAUUUAAUACAAAAGUGAAAUUAACAUCGAAAGUUGAAGUUACUGGAGUAUGGCCUCAUAUUAAAUCACCAAAUCUGGCUUGUAGGUGAUGUUGCUAUUAUGAACAAUGGAGUUCAAGCCGUACUGUGUCUUUGUGAAGCUUCCUCCUCUGAAGGAACCCCGCACAUCAAGACUGAAAGUACAGACGAAAAAAAAGAAGGCUUCAGAUAAGUCCUCCAUCAGGACAUUCAGCGUAAGUCUUAUUGACAAACAGGCAGACUAGAAAUAGUCCCUCUUUCUUAUUGUAAUGUGAAGUAUAGUAAAGCAAGGGAAAGUCUGUACUGGAGCCAACAGUCCAACCAACCUUGGCUUAUCUUUGUUUCUAUAGCAUGACAAGACUGGAAAUAUUCCCAAUCCCAUUGGAUGAGAUGCUACCUCCUAUAGCUACAUAUUACCCCUUGUUAUUGCAUGGACUAGUCCCAUAGUGGAUGUCACACCCAUUUGUAACUCUACCUGAAGUAACAGUAGAAUUGGACUGGCUUCCCACUAGGGGGGAACUAACAAUUUCCACUUCAUGCUAUGUAAACUGGGAUAACCCCCAGUCUGGCUUGAAAGUUGACAUUAGCUUGAGUUCAUAGGUAAUUGUUUUGAGUAUGGUGCUCCCCCCCCCUCCCUUAUCUCUCAUUCUGGCCCUAAAUAUUAUGAUUUAUAAUUAGUCCAAAACUAUGCUUGUCAUAUGAACAUAGCAAUAGCUGCCUAGCCCACUGUAGAGUCAGUAAAUGUAAAGAAUCCUAUCCUACCAACAUGUCAGCCAACACAUCAGCCGUCACACUAACCAACACACCACUGAUACACUAGAGUCUCUGUGGCUCAGUAAUAGAACAUUUGAGUGCAGAGUGCAAAGGUCUGGAGUUCAUUUCUUCAUGGGGACUUUUUUUUUCUUUUCCUUUUUUGCUGUUUUCUUUUUUUCUUUUUGACACUUAGGGAAAAUAAAUCCUUCCACCUUUAUCAUAUUCAGUAAAAUUGAAAAAUAUCAGAAUGGAAAAAUUAAACCAAUCAGGUUGCAAAUUAAGAUCAUGAUGUAAAUCUAAACCUGUGAAUUGUCCUUUGUAAAUAAGUGAUUCCAGCCUGGAUAACCUUUUCAUUGAUAUGCAGGAGGAGGAGUUACAAGAAAUAAUCAGUAAUUCUAGAAUGCUGGAGGAGACCUAUGGAAGAUUCUUUUACCUGACAGUAGAAAACAAGGACAUUGAAGAAGCCUCUGUCAGCAUUGUAGACACAUUUGAAAAUCUUGAACAGGAAGAGCAGUGGGUCCCUCUGGACUGGACUCAACAAAACUAAAAGGAGAUCUGAUAUCUUAUGUAUAAAGUGUGAGGCUGGUUGUAUCAUGAUGGCUUCACCAGUAUCCACCACACAGUUGACCAUCAAAGAACAUUUCUAGACAAACUCAAUGGAACUUAUAAACUAUUAGUACAAAAUGUGUGAUCCAUCCAUUUUGAUUUUUUCAAAAUGUAGCUGUUAACCUUUCAACUCCCAAAAUCUGAUCAUUCAUUCUCCCCUCUACACAUUUACUUACAUUAGUCACAAGUCAUAAGAAUUCGUGUAAGAUCAAGAUAGGAACUUCUGUGUGAAGAGUUUGUGCAUUCUUGUUAGCUUAGUGAGUUUGUUUUAAUUUUGAUGAGUUACUGGAUAAUAAGUUACACAAUUAAUUUCAGAUAUAGGAGUCAAAGGGUUAAAGGAUUAAAUCAUGCUGUUGCAAGCCUUGUUUUAUUUGUUAGAUAGAACACAUUAUUGGAAAAAAAUGUUUUUUAUCUUGUCACAAGAUUGGGACAAAGGUACUCAUGACAAGACAAAAAACAUCUUUUUUCAUUUCUUUAUGAAGCUUCAAACUUACCAUCUUUCUUAAAUUAUUAGAACACAUUUUCCCAUAUUAUUUUUAUAAUGUUUCAAGUUCAUAAAAACAUGAGUAGUCAGGGUAUAUGUAUUGAUAAAUUAUAAAAGAGGAUAAUUAGAAAAAGGUUAACAAGUGCCAGGCAGUUGGUCAGUGGAACUGAAAGAAUUAAUUAGGAAUGUUGAGAGUAUGGCGAGGCUGGAGAGCCUGCAAUUAUUACCACCUAAAAAUUGAAUCUUGGACUCCACAAAAUGUCCAUUUAAAUUUUGCUUUUCAAAACAUGCUUACCACAUAUUGAGUCAACCAUGUGAAACAAAGUACAUGUAAAGUGUUGAAGUGAGCUUUUUAAAUGCCAUACCAGAAGCUGGUACUGUACAAUAAACCAUGAGCAGCCCUUCCUUUUCCCCAGAGUAAAAAAAAGUUAAAAAAACAAGUUACAAUUCUUGCCUGUUAAAUUUUCUCACUUUUUUUAUUUAAUUCCAAUUGUUUCCCCUCCCCUUGAAGUAAUGUAAUGCUGAGCUUGACUUCAUCUGUAGCUGUGUUAAUGAUAUUUUUCUUCAGCAGAAUGUGUCAUUUUGCAGUGAAGGGUCAGGGGUAAUUCACAGGGUAAAUUUAUACUUUAUUGCCAUUUUCAUUUUGAAUCAAGAGUCUACAAGUUAUGGAAAAAAAAUUUAAAACCCUCAACACCCCAACAUCAGUAUGUAUAUUCUCUAUACUGAUCUCUACACAUUUCCUAAAGAGCUGACAGGGAGAAUUUGUUUAACAAUCAAGAACUGCUUUGGUUAGUGAUCAUUUCCUUUAUUUGGGGGAAUAAUGUACGGAGAAAUUAGAUGCUAAUCACUUUUAAGUGUCAGUUAAAGGGGUUGAUAUGUUAUUAAAUGGACUGUUUCAUUGUGUAACAGACUCAAGUUUGAGUCUCAGUUGUAAUUAAAAGAUUUGAGUAAACUUCAUCAAGGUUUAGGAUAUGAUUUAAUUGUUCAUAUAUUCACGUACAUCAUACAUUCAACUUACAAUAAAUACAUGGCAAAUAAAAGUAUUGAUUCCUUAGCUCACACAUAAGCCAGUUAAAUUGUUUUCAAUUAACACUUUAACUCCAAGACCUGAUUGUUAAUUCAUUUCUCUAGCUGCUUAACAUUUCUUAGUGAACUAGUUACAAAAAUUUUGUGUUAGAUCAGGACAACAGCUUCUUCUUGAUAAGGUUAGGUAUUCUCAUUACCUGUUUUCUGGAUAAUGUAGAGAUAUUAUUGGGAGACGUGACAUGUUAAUCACUUCUAGCAGUAAAAGGGUUAAAAAAUCUCUUUUUUUAAUAGUAUAGCAUGGUGUUCAUAAUUUCAAUUUCAUUUAAAAAAAUUACAUUUUUUAAUUAAUAACUAUGACCUGAUGAAUUAUUAUAUCUACAGAAACAAACAAUUCAUCUUCCAUUACCAUGUGUCCUCAAAUAAGAUUUAAACUUUUGCUUAGAGGGAGCACUCAUUGGACUGAGGGUACUUAAUUGAGGGAGGUACUUAGUGAAG